CUCGGCCUUUGUCCAGAUCCAGGCCAACGUUUCCGCCAAUACUCAGCGACAGUCGUUGCACUCACCCUUUCUUUGCGCUGGUAGCAACCUACUGAAAACUACUUGCUGUGUAGACGACUCCUUGUCUUAUUGUAAUGACGAACUCAAGGCCGCGCACCGGCGCGGCCACGGCCACGACGGGGCCUACUGCCGUCUCGUCGUAUAUUUCCAGCACUCUGCCUGCCGACCCGAAAGCAGACGAGCGGCUAUGCUGGAUUCGCAAAAAGCUGCACUCUGGUUUGAUGAUCGAAUUCGAAAAGCCGCAGCCCGGACCAGGCGGUCCUGCGCAGGAUCUGUUCUGGGAUUGCUUGGAGCACAACAAUAGAGAGAACCUGCAAAUUAUCAUGGACUUUCUCGAAGAUCGUGUCAGGAAGGGCGAUCAUGCCUCCGCUCUUAUGGUCUGGGCUGAGAGCUAUACGCCGAAAGAUGAAUUGCCCGCAGAUGCAUCUACGACGGAUGGUGAAAACGUUACGAGUACUGCUGAGGAUGCCAGCACUGGGGAGGCGGUGGAAGCACCAGCUGGCGAGCUUACCGAUGCAAUUUCAGAUCCCGAAACGGCACCAUCGCAGGCUGCAACGGAGGAACCACAACCCAUAAAUGAUGGGAUUGCGGCCGAUAUACCUUCCGAGGAGCAGACUCUCGAGCAAAGUGCCCCAACGCAGAGCACCGAUAAACCAGCGGAGCCACCGAGCUCGACGCCAGUGCGCGAAGCGUAUCGUCUGUUCAUGUGCACACAGGAAUGUCCUGAUCAGUUAACGGAGGUGAACUCGGUAUACUUUUUGAGGAAUAAGCCUGGUGCUAUUCCCAUCCCAUCCAGUCCUGAAGAUGCGGAACACAGUCUUUCGUCAUGGCUGGAGAUUGGCCACUUUUCUGCGCAUGCAUUGCUGAUGCUUGAACAUGUUCUUUCGGAAGUGUAUCUCCCACUUCUCAGCCAGGCGGAUGCGCCAGGAGUCGCUGGCGAGCAGCACGCAACUGCGCCUGGAUUGGGGGCUAGAUCCGAAUUCAUCUCCGGAUUGCAGAAAUUUGCUAGUCAAAUAUCACACACUGUGCAACAAGUCGCCAGCGAGACGAGAUUGAAAAUCCCGGAGGAGCUGGGAUCCCUGGAGGGCCUAGAGGACGUUACCGAGGCGUCCAAAGACACAAAGCUGGUGGCCUCAUUGGAAAGCCUCGCAGAUGAGUGGAUAGAAACAGUCACGAUCUCGCUUGCGAAGGAAGCCAAGAAAACUCCAAUCGGAGAGGGUCCGUUGGCAGAGAUCGAAUUUUGGCGGGAUCGCAAUGCCGCACUGUCCACGCUCCAUGAACAGCUCAAUAUGCCGAUUGUGCAUAAAAUCCAACAAAUCCUGGCCAAAGCACAAUCGCCUGGAUCGUCGACUCUCGAUUUCCAACUGCAGGAGCUCACGAAGUUUUACACUGAAGCAAAGGACAAUGUGAAGUUUUUGUCGACCCUCGAGCGGCACUUCAAAAAUAUUCUCACGGGGAGCCUUACCAGUGUUCAGGACUCUUUGCCAAGUCUUCUGAAUGCUAUUCGCAUGGUGUGGAUUAUAUCUAGGCAUUACAACCGGGAUGAGCGGAUGGUGCCUCUGAUGGGAAGAAUAGCGUGGGAGCUCGCCAACAAAGUAGCGCACGUGGUGGACAUCCACAAAAUAUUCCGAGAGCCUCCUGCGGAUGCCAAAACAAAGAUCGUCGAUGCGAAGGAGUUACUAGAGAGCUGGAGACGAACCUACUUUGCGGUUCGAGAGCGCAUCGAGCAGUCGGGCCGGGAUCAGCGGUGGGAAUUCGACCGCAAGCGAUUGUUUGAGCAGACCGACUACAUGGCUCUUCGCUGCGCUGAUCUAUUCAAAAUUGCGGAAGUUAUGGAGCAGUUUUACAGCAUCUUUGGGCCAGAGCUAAAAGCUGUAACCGGCGAUCCUCAACAGAUCGACGAGGUCAUCAAGCGCGUUGAGAAUCUUGUGGUUCCUUUCGAAUCGGCACCCUUUGACGUAUUCUCCAAACCACACCAGAACGCAUGGGAACUGCUAAUGACGAGAUUCCGGGAGCAGAUCCUCCAGAUUGAAGAUAUGGCGCGACAAUUCAUCGACGCGAGCUUCAAGAAGUUGAGAUCUGCCGAGGGUGCAUUUGACUUGCUGCAAAACAUCAAGAACAUCAAGUCGAGAGAAUCCAUAAAUGCCCAGUUGAUGGGCAAGUGGUACGAAAUUCUUGAUCAAUAUGCACGUGAAGUCGACAUCAUUGAUGAAAUCUUCCGCAACCAUAAAGACAAUCCUCCGUGCACAAAAAACCAACCAAGAGUGGCUGGGGCGAUCGCCUGGUCUAGAAGCCUGUUCGCCCGGAUCAAGAAGACGAUUGUCCGGUUUCAAUCGCUGCAAGAGAUGCUUGUCAGUGAGCAGGGAAGGGCCGUCACGAAGAAGUACCUGGGCGUUGCAAAGGCUAUGCGCACUUACGAAGAGCAGCUUUAUGCACAAUGGUGUGUGUCGGUGGAGGCCAACUCCUUGCAAUACUUGAAAUCGCACAUCCUCUAUAAGGUGGUCGGAUCCAAUGCCUACCUCGGCGGCGGCCAUGGCAAUACUCUUGCGAUAACCGGACCGGAUAUGGGAGGCAAGGGUGAUAGUGCGGAAAGGGUGUUUGUCAAUUUCCGCCCAGAGCUGCGAGAUUGCAUUCGGGAAACCAAGUACUUGGACAAAAUGGGGCUAGUCGUUCCUGAAGCUGCACUGAAUGUUGCUUUGCAAGAAGAUAAAUACCAUACGUAUGUUGAGAACCUGAACAGCAUGCUGAAUAGCUACAAUGCCAUUCUUGAUGUUCUCGACGGUGCGGAGCGAAAGCUUCUCUAUGCGCACAUUACGGAGCUCAAGCGGGUGAUGAAGCCCGGGUUCACGCGACUGAACUGGAACUCGCUCGGCAUACCGGAGUUCAUUCAUCGAUGCAAUACGGAAAUCAACAAGUUCACCUCCAUGGUGAAUCAAGUCAGAAAAACAUCAGCCAACAUUUCCAGCGCCAUCAACCUGAUCUCCAAGGCGACGCUUAUCAGAGAACCACCGACCGAGGAGAUUAUGGACGCCCACGAGUUUUUCGACUUCGAACAUAAAAAUCGGACCAAUGUGCUAGAGACUGUCGCGCUCAAGUACGCGAGUGUCGGACCCUUGCUCAUAAAAAUGGAAUCCUUAGUGGCUGGAACGAAUACGGGGAAAAGCAAAGCUCUCAAGGAGUAUUAUGCACACUGGGAGCGAAAGAUUUUCAUGGCUUUGAACUAUAUGGUACUGAACAACAUGCAAAUAUUGGAGAGCUUGUUGACAACUUCCCCCAACCGGAAGGCCAAAAAGAUAGGAGCCUUAGUAGGCAUCACCGCUAUGGGCAGGGCGCGACGGACCGCACCGCUUUUCAAAGUGAACGCCUCCCUAUCCGCCCCGGAGAUCGUCAUCUCGCCUCUUUCCGGGGAAAUCUACAAAAUGAUGGUCAAACUGGCACGCUCCAUUGUGGAUUCAACGAAAAUGUUCUAUCGAUGGAUGAACGGGACAUGUAUUUUGACCCCACCCCAGAAGGCAGCAGAAGACGAGGAGCCUAUCAUCUUCAGCUUUCAUUCGGACAUUAUCGCGAAUCAGAGCAUCAUCGCAAUGAUUGGGUCUCUCAAUUCAAGCAUUACGCGCACCUUUGGCAGCCUCAAUGCAUGGCUGGACUCGUGGCGAAAGUAUCGCCCACUGUGGAAAGUUGACAAGGUUAUUACUUUGGAGAAAUUUGCCCAAAAGAAACCCUCCGUCAUUAGUUAUGAUGAGAAGCUGGCCUUUUACUCGAAACUAGCUUCCGAUGUGGAUUCCCAUCCCAGUGUCAAGGACCUCGAUUUCAUCCGAAUCAGUUCGCUGCCGCUGCAAGCAGCCAUUCAUCAAGAGGCUCAAGGGUGGAUUGAAUCUAUAGGGAAACAUCUGAAUACUCUCGCUUUGACUGGACUCACUCAGGUGCAAGAGAAGAUCGCCAAAUAUGAAGAGGAAUUGCAGACCGACCCGCAAACAUUAGACGAUCUUACAUUUGUGUUGAAUGUCCUCGCGGAUAUCAGAGCUGCCUCGGAAGAUGUGGAAAUACAGUAUCGAAACGUCAUGGAAGCGUAUCGUACUCUGGAAAUGUACGGUAUCCAAACGAAUCCAGCGGAAAUGGAAGCGGGGAGGUCCUUACCGGAAACAUGGAAAUACAUGCUGGUUCGGGCGAAAGAAGUCGAUGACGGGCUCGUCGCCGUCAAGCAGAAGUUCACCGAUGCUACUGAAGAGCAAGUGAGGAGCUUCCGUGCGGAUUUGAGAAAAUUCAAAGACGAUUUCAUGAUCAACGGUCCUGGCGCGGUGACUUCCGAUAUGGAUCGCGGCUUGGAGCUCCUACAAGGGGCAAAAGAAGCAAUUGCCACCUUCCAUACACGGAAAGAAGACCUUGUUCGUGGUGAGAAGUUGUUUAACCUCAUCAUAACUUCGUAUCCGGAGCUUCACGAGCUCGAAACCGAAGUGAAGGAGCUGGACAAAAUUUACACUCUUUACACGGAGGUGAAAGAAGCAAUCUCUUCAUGGUCAACGACAUUGUGGGCAAACCUCGAUGUGAGCAUCUUGACCAAGGGGAUGGAAACAUUCGCCUUGCGGCUGAAAAAAUUGCCUAAAGAAUUGAAGCAACUGGCUCCAUACAAUGUGGUCGCCGAGAAGAUUGUGACUUUCAAGGAUUCCAUCCCACUCUUUGCUGACCUGAAGAACGAGGCAUUGCGCCAGCGUCAUUGGAAAAAGCUGAUGGAGAUCACCGGCAAAACCUUCGAUAUGAAUCCUGAAACUUUUACGCUGGAGAAGCUUUUCGGCAUGAACCUGCACGAACACGCCACUGCAAUCGGAGAGAUUGUUGCCGGUGCAAUGAAGGAACUGAGCAUCGAAAAUGGGAUCAAGGAGGUUGAGAACACAUGGAAAAACCUCAAAUUCACGAUCGUCAAGUAUACGAAGGGCACCGAAGAUCGGGGAUUUAUUCUGGGAGCAAUCGACGACAUUAUUCUGACCCUCGACGAUAAUGCCAUGUCCUUGCAGUCCAUGGGCGCAUCUCGCUUCGUGGCCGCGUUCUUACCCGCCGUACAAGAAUGGGAAAAGGUGCUUUCUCACAUUGGGGAAGUCCUGGAAGUAUGGAUGGUUGUUCAAAGGCGUUGGAUGUAUCUGGAAUCCAUCUUCAUAGGUUCAGGUGACAUUCGAAUGCAACUUCCAGAAGAAGCUGCUCGUUUUGACCGCAUCGACAAGACCUUCAAGAAGCUGAUGGCCGAUACAGCAAAGCAUCCUCAAGUGCUGGAGGCUUGCAAGGCAGAAGGUCGGCUCCCAUUGCUUCAAGGGCUUUCAAACGAUUUGGAAGGUUGUCAAAAGUCUUUAUCGGACUAUCUGGAAUCGAAGCGAAACGCAUUUCCUAGGUUCUUUUUCAUCUCAGAUGAGGAGCUCUUGUCUAUUCUGGGCAGCCACGAUCCAAAAAACGUUCAAGAGCAUAUCAUCAAAAUGUUCGACAACGUCUUGAAGCUGAAUUUCGGGACGGGUAAGAACGAGAAGGCUGUCAUGGGCAUGUCGUCUUCCGAAGGGGAGAAUCUCGAUUAUCGCCGCAUCAUCCCUGUUGAAGGAAGGGUGGAGGAAUGGAUGAGUCUCGUGGAAGCAGAGAUGAAGAAAUCAAACCGAACCAUUCACAAAGAGGCCGUCUAUUAUUACCCAGACAUGGACAGGCUUGACUGGAUCCUGAAGUAUCAGGGCAUGGUGGCUCUUGCGGGCUCCCAAGUCUGGUGGACCUGGGAAGUGGAAGACGUCUUCCAAAAAAUCAAGGCGGGAAACAAGCUUGCGAUGAAAGCGUACUCGAAAAGAUUGGGCGAGCAAUUGGACAAUCUUGUCGUGAAGGUCCGUUCCGAUCUUAGUGGAAACGAUCGAAAGAAGCUCAACUCUCAGAUAAUCAUCGACGUUCAUGCGCGGGACAUCGUUGACCGAUUUGUGCGCGACUCGAUCAUGGACGAGAACGAGUUUGAAUGGGAAUCUCAGCUCCGGUUCUACUGGGAUAAAUCCGUAGAUGAACUACAAGUCAAGCAAUGUAACGGCGUUUUCGACUAUGGUUACGAAUACAUGGGUUUGAACGGCCGAUUGGUGAUCACCCCUUUAACGGAUAGAUGCUACUUGACGCUCACCCAGGCCCUAUCCAUGAAGCUGGGAGGAGCUCCGGCUGGACCUGCUGGGACAGGGAAAACGGAGACAGUCAAAGACCUGGCGAAGGCUCUUGGCUUGCUUUGUAUGGUUACAAACUGUGGAGAAGGAAUGGACUACCAGGCGAUGGGAAAGAUUUUUGCUGGCCUGGUGCAGACCGGUGCUUGGGGAUGCUUUGAUGAGUUCAAUCGCAUUGAGCUUGCUGUACUAUCUGUCAUCUCGGCGCAGAUCAAGACAAUUCAGAAUGCUCUGGUUUCGAAUCUGAAAAGAUUUCAAUUCGAGGGAAACGAGAUUGUUCUGGACAGGAGGACCGGUAUUUUCAUCACGAUGAACCCUGGAUACGCUGGACGUACGGAGUUGCCCGAUAAUCUGAAGGCACUCUUCCGGCCCGUAGUCAUGGCAGUACCUGAUUUGGAGUUGAUCUGCGAGAUCAUGCUAUUCUCUGAAGGGUUUACCCUCGCAAAAAGCCUUGCAAAAAAGAUGGUGGUUCUUUAUAAGCUGGCCAAAGGUCAACUGUCGAAGCAACAUCAUUACGACUUUGGAUUGAGGGCUUUGAAAUCGGUUCUGGUAAUGGCUGGCUCUCUGAAGAGAGGUUCCCCAAACUUGAACGAGGAUGUAGUCCUGAUGCGGGCGUUGCGCGACAUGAACUUGCCGAAAUUCGUGUUCGAUGACGUGCCGUUGUUUCUGGGUCUAAUCACUGAUCUAUUCCCUGGACUGGAUUGCCCGCGAGUGCGAUACCCCAAUUUCAACGAUGCCGUAGAAGAGGUACUUGCGGAAAAUAACUAUGUUAUGGUCGCCGAGCAAGUAGACAAGGUUGUGCAGCUUUACGAGACGAUGCUCACAAGGCACACCUCGAUGGUGGUCGGCCCAGCAGGGGGAGGAAAAUCUGUUGUGAUUGACACCCUUGCGAAGGCGCAAACGAAGCUUGGGCUAGCCACCAAGCUUUACACGUUGAACGCGAAAGCGGUGACCGUCGCCGAGUUGUAUGGUGUGUUGGAUCCUGUCACAAGAGACUGGACUGACGGAUUGCUCUCGAAUAUUUUCCGCGAGGUGAACAAGCCGACGGACAAGAAAGAAAGGAAAUACAUCGUCUUUGAUGGGGACGUGGACGCGGUUUGGGUGGAAAAUAUGAACUCUGUGAUGGAUGACAACAGAUUACUUACGCUACCCAAUGGAGAACGCAUACGCCUUCAGAAGCACGCCGCUCUGCUUUUCGAAGUGGGAGAUCUGCAGUACGCGAGUCCGGCCACAGUGUCUCGAUGCGGAAUGGUCUAUAUGGAUCCCAAGAAUCUGGGAUAUCGGCCCUACUUUGAGCGCUGGGUCAAUGCACGACCCAACACAGCCGAGAGCACCUUACUCACGCAGCUCUUCAACAAGUAUGUCCCAGCUUGCAUUGAAUAUGUGUUGGAAGGGACGUUUGGAGGCUUCGUGGCGGAAACCUUGAAAAGAGUGAUUCCUGUGACAUCACUAGCAAUGACUUCGCAACUCUGCGCUAUGUUGGAUGUCCAGCUUACUGAUAGCAAACUAUUCGCUCAAGAAGCCGUGCUGGAAGGGCUCUUCAUUCAGUCUGUUAUAUGGUCGGUCGGGGCCAGUCUGGUUGAGGAAGAUCGAAACAAGUUUUCCGAGGGGGUCAAGAAACUAUCAGAGUUGCCUCUUGUGCACACAGCGGCCGCCAUAGCGGCCGGCCAGCUUCCUGGCAAUGACAAAUCUCUCUUCGAUUAUCGCUUCGAUGUAAGUGAGCUUCAAUGGAUGUCAUGGAGCAGCUACGUUCCCGCUUAUGAGCACAAUCGGUCGCAAGCGUUUCACGAGAUUCUCGUCCCAACAAUGGAUACUGUGCGGCACUCGUGGCUUCUGGAGGAGCUCGUUGCCUUGAAACGGCCGGUACUCUUUGUUGGUGAAGUUGGCACCUCCAAAACCGUCACGCUACAGAAGUUUCUUCGGCAAUUACCAGCAGACAAGAACUUCGUCCUCAACAUCAACUUCUCUUCUCGGACGAGUUCUCUGGAUGUGCAGAAGAAUCUGGAAGCAAACGUGGAGAAACGUACGAAAGACACGUAUGGCCCUCCGGCCAACAGGCGAAUGAUCGUUUUCGUUGAUGACUUAAACAUGCCGGCAAAAGACACGUACGGCACCCAGCAGCCUAUUGCGCUUCUCAAACUGUUGAUAGAGCGCGGAGGUCUUUACGACAGAGGAAAGGAGCUCAACUGGAAAAACUUGAAAGAUGUUCAAUUCAUCAGUUCAAUGGGCACCCCGGGUGGUGGCCGAAACGACAUCGACAUCCGCUUUGCUUCUUUGUUUUGUGUCUUCAACAUCACUUUCCCGAAAGAAGCUAGUCUCCACCGCAUCUACUCCGGAAUUCUGCAAGGACAUGUCGCGCCUUUCUCUGAAGAGAUACAAGUGGUUGCCAACAAGCUCACUCCAAUCACGUUGAAGUUAUAUUCAGAGAUUGUGAAAAGUCUGCUACCAACCCCCAGCAAAUUUCACUAUAUCUUCAAUUUACGAGACAUAUCGCGAGUAUACGAAGGCCUGUGCUUAGCAACCCCAGAUCAUUUCACCGAAGGGAAGCACUUUGUACGGUUAUGGCGAAACGAGGUUCUACGGGUUUUCAACGACCGACUCGUCAACGAUACCGACCGCACUUACGUCAACAAGAUGAUCAAUCGCUUGAUCUUAGACAACUUUGAGUCUUGCGAGGAAUAUGCGACUCGAAACCCGAGCUUAUUUGGUGAUUUUCGGCAUGCACUUCAUGAAGAGGCCGCUCGCCUGUAUGAAGAUCUCCUCGAUUUCACUGCGGUCAAGUCUAUCUUCCAAGAGAUACUGGAAGAGUACAAUGACAGAUUCAACAAGAUGAACCUUGUGCUUUUUGAGGAUGCCUUGGAGCACGUUACAAGAAUUCAGAGAGUGAUUCGACUGAGGAGAGGUCACGCGCUACUUGUCGGAGUGGGAGGCUCCGGCAAACAGUCACUGACCAAACUCGCUGCAUUUGCUGCCGGAUGCAGCGUGUUUGAAAUCGCUUUGACACGAGGAUACGGAGAGACGGAGUUCCGCGAAUCUUUGAAAGCCUUAUACUCGCAGCUUGGGGCGGGUACGAAAACCGUAUUCUUAUUUACGGAUGCUCACGUGGUCCAGGAGAGCUUCCUGGAGCUCAUCAACAACAUGUUGACCACGGGUAUGGUACCUGCUCUAUACGAGGACGACGAGAAGGAAGCGCUACUGGGGUCCAUCCGCGAUGAGGCAGCGAAACAUGGGGUCUCUCAGACAAAAGAAAGUCUCUGGCAGUAUUUCGUGAGUAAAUGUUCGGACAAUCUCCAUGUCGUGCUUUGCAUGUCGCCCCAAGGCGAUAGGCUAAGAGAGAGAUGUCGAUCUUUCCCCGGCAUUGUCAACAACACGAUGAUCGAUUGGUUCCCACCAUGGCCAGAGCAGGCCUUGUUGUCGGUGGCAGACGCUUUUUUGAGGGAGGAUUUAGUGCCACCAGAGCACCGACCUGCCAUCGUGCAGCACAUGGUGGCCGUGCAUCUUUCUGUCGGGGAGAUGAGUGCCGAGUUCUUACAGAAAUACAGACGCGCAAACUACGUCACCCCGAAGAACUACCUCGACUAUGUCAAUACGUACAAUCGAUUACUGCAGGAAAAUCGGGAGUCAAACUCCCGAUCAUGCACUCGUUUGGAAUCAGGUCUCGGUAAACUGGAAGAAUCCAGUCGACAGCUGGAUGUGCUGAAUGUCCAGUUGGCAGAGCAGAAUAUUGCCGUGAAAGAGAAGACCGAGGCGUGUAACAAGCUUCUGGAGGUCAUCACAAGCAGCACGAAACAAGCUGAGGAGAAAAAGGAUCUUGCCCAGAAGAAAGAGGUCGAGCUCGAUGCACAAAAUACGCAAAUUGCAAAGGAUAAGGAAGAAGCCGAAGUCGCGCUAGAGGAAGCUCUGCCUGCUCUAGAAGAGGCGCGCAUUGCUCUGCAAAAUCUGUCAUCGUCUGAAAUCACGGAGAUCCGAUCUUUCGCCAAACCACCCAAAGAAGUGCAGAAGGUGUGCGAGUGUAUUUGCGUUAUAAAGGGAAUCAAAGACAUUUCUUGGAAAAGCGCGAAAGCCAUGAUGUCUGCCACCGAUUUCAAAUCCUCAUUACAGGCCCUAGAUGUCGAUGGCAUUACGUCGACGCAAACUAAGGCCGUAAAGGGGAUCCUCAAGGAGAUGGACGUCUCACUGCAGCGGAUGACUGAAAUUUCGGCAGCUGGCGCGGGGCUGCUGAAGUUUGUUUUGGCAGUCAUGGGUUACUGCAGCGUAGCCAAGACAAUUGCACCAAAACGAGCGGCCGUUGCAACGCUUGAGAAAAAUCUUGCCCUUUCCAAAAACGAGUUCGAGAAGAUUACCCGAGAACUAAAACGCCUCAAUGAGCAGUUAGGGUCAUUGCAAGAGCAGUUUCAAAAGGCCAAGGAGGAGCAAUUGGAGCUCCAGAAAAUGGCGGAAAUCAUGGAACGACGACUUCAGGCAGCAGAUAAGCUCAUUUCCGGUCUUGGAUCCGAGAGGAUCAGAUGGGCGAAAGAUCUGGAGUCACUAAAAGCGCAGCGUAUUCAGCUUGUUGGUGACUGUUUGCUGGUCUCCGGUUUCCUCAGCUAUACCGGCGCUUUCAAUUGGGAAUUACGGCACGAACUGAUGUACAAACGAUGGAUGGUUGACGUCUCAUCGAAAAAAGUGCCGCUCAGUGACAAUUUCCGAAUCGAAGGUCUUCUCGUUACGGACGUAGAGAUGAGCAAAUGGAGUCAAGAAGGCCUGCCUGCUGAUGAACUGUCCAUACAGAACGGCAUCUUGACAACAAAAGCGUCUCGCUUCCCGCUAUGCAUUGACCCGCAGCAGCAGGCUCUCAAUUGGAUCAAGAGAAAGGAGGGACCAAACAAUCUGAAGAUUUCGUCUUUCAGUGAUCCAGAUUUCCUCAAGCAUUUGGAAAUGGCAGUGACGUAUGGGUUUCCAUUCUUAUUCGAGGACGUCGAUGAAUACAUCGACCCUGUUAUCGACAACCUCCUGGAGAAAAACAUCAAGGCUCAAGGAGCACGGCGAUUCAUUGUCCUCGGUGACAAAGAGGUUGACUAUGAUCCAAACUUCCGUUUGUACUUGACGUCCCGUUUGCCCAAUCCGGUGUAUACUCCGAAAAUGUUCGGAUCUGCGAUCAUAAUCAAUUACAGCGUUACGUUCAAAGGUCUGAGCGAUCAACUGCUCAAUGUUGUCGUCGGCCACGAGCGCAGGGAACUUGAGGAACAGAGAGAGCGUCUCAUAGCUGAGAUGAGUCAAAACAAGGGACUUCUGAAGGAACUGGAAGACACUCUGUUACGCGAACUGGCCUCUUCCACUGGUCUUAUGCUCGACAACAUCGAGUUGAUUCGCACGUUGGAGGAGACCAAAUCGAAAGCCACUGAAAUCGGACAGAAGGUUGUGUUGGCCACACAGACCUCUGCCGAAGUCGAAGUAUCUCGAGAUGCAUACAGGCCAGCUGCAAAAUGCGGGGCGGUGCUCUUCUUCGUUUUGGCUGGUCUGUCAACGAUCAAUCCGAUGUACGAAUAUUCCUUGGCCGCUUUCUUGGAGGUGUUCUCUGCCUCCUUACAUCGUAGCAAGCCCGACGCCAAUCUUUCGAAAAGGCUAGCAAAAAUCAUGGACACGCUGAAGUAUGCUGUAUACAACUAUGCAUGCACUGGUCUGUUCGAACGUCACAAGCUCAUGUUCUCAUAUCAAAUGAGCAUGAAGUUGCUGGAAGCCGAGGGACUACUGGAUGCGGCAGAGCUCAACUUCUUCUUGAAAGGAGACAUUUCUUUAGAGCAACCAGCAAUUGCAAAGCCGUUUGCGUGGCUGACGGAUCAGGGGUGGAAGGACCUAUUACGCCUCUCUUCAAUCAACUCCAACUUCGCCUCUCUACCUGAUGACGUCCGAAGUAACGAACUCGAUUGGAGAUCUUGGGUUCGCCUAGAUGCCCCUGAGAACGCCGAAUUCCCCAUGCGCUACUCGUCCCGCCUCACAGCAUUUCAAAAACUCUGCGUUCUUAGAUGUUUCCGAACCGACCGUGUGUACAACGCCGUUACGAGCUUCGUCAUUGAGAAUAUGGGGGAGAAGUAUGUGAUGCCCCCGGUGAUCAACUAUCAAAACAUCUUCGAGCAAUCGACACCGACGAGCCCGGUCGUUUUCAUCCUCAGUCCUGGAGCCGACCCUCAGAGUGAUUUACAAAAAUUGGCGGAGGCGAAGGGGUUCGGAGGAAACAAGCUCAAAUUCUUGUCGCUCGGUCAAGGGCAAGCACCAAUUGCUCUGCAAUUGUUGGAAACAGCGGUAACACGCGGGCAAUGGCUAAUGCUGCAAAACUGUCACCUACUCGUAGCAUGGCUGCGAACGUUGGAAAAGGUGCUGGAGAAAAUCGAAAAGCCGCAUGUAGACUUCCGGCUAUGGUUAACCACGGAGCCGACGCCUCAGUUCCCAAUCGGCAUCCUGCAACGCUCGCUCAAGGUGGUAACCGAACCGCCGAAUGGCUUGAAACUGAACAUUCGAAGCAGUUAUUACAAGCUGACGGAAGACGUUCUGCAAGACUGCUUCCACGAAACUUUCAGGCCGUUGGUUUACGUCCUUGCAUUCUUCCAUGCUGUCGUUCAGGAGCGAGGGAAAUAUGGCAAAAUAGGGUGGAAUGUUCGAUAUGAUUUCAACGAAUCAGACUUCCGCGUAUCCAUGACUAUUUUACAAACCUAUCUCAACAAAACGGCCACAGCUAAGGAAGCCGGGAAGAUCCCAUGGACAACGUUGCGGUACCUGGUGGGAGAAACGAUUUACGGUGGUCGCGUGACGGACGACUACGAUAGGCGGGUCCUCAUGACGUACUUGGACGAAUAUCUUGGGGACUUCCUCUUCGAUACUUUCCAGCCUUUCUUCUUCUACGCCAAUUCGCAAGUGCAAUAUAAGGUGCCCAAACAUGGCACGCGUGACGAUUACCUGACCUACAUUGAGGGCCUUCCCCUCACCAACGCGCCAGAUGUAUUUGGCCUUCAUCCGGACGCCGAAAUCGGAUACCUUACCACCGCCGUAAAGGACAUGUGGAUGCAAUUAAUCUCAUUGCAACCUCGCACGGCAGAAGGUGCCGGAGGGAUAAGUCGAGAGGACUUCAUCGCGAAUAUUGCCAAGGACAUACAAGCCAAACUUCCAGUGGCCUUCGAUAUAACACGUAUUGCUAAAGCCAUUGGAGUUCCAUCUCCAACGCAAGUCGUCCUCCUUCAAGAGCUGGAAAGAUGGAAUACUCUCGUGGAGAGAAUGACUUCCUCACUGAAAGACCUUGCUCGAGCUUUGAAGGGAGAGAUCGGGAUGAGCGCAAAGUUAGACGAGCUUGCGAACUCGCUUUUCAAUGGAUUGCUCCCCGGCAUGUGGCGAUCACUAGCGCCUCAGACCGAGAAAGGGUUAGGCGGGUGGAUGGGACAUUUCGAAAGACGCCACCAGCAAUAUUCCGAUUGGAUCAAAAACGGAGAGCCAGUGGUGAUGUGGCUUUCUGGUUUACACGUGCCCGAAGCGUACAUUACAGCUUUGGUGCAAACAACUUGCCGUAAAAAUGGAUGGUCUCUCGAUCGCUCAACCUUGUACACACAAGUGACGCAGUACAAGGAUCCCAAAGAAAUCCCGGAACGACCUCCAUCAGGCUGCUACAUCCAAGGUCUAUAUUUGGAGGGUGCCGGUUGGGACACGGAGAAGAACUGUCUUGUCCGUUUGGAAACCGGCGGGCGACUUCUAGCCAGUCUUCCAAUCCUGCGAAUUAUUCCGAUAGAGACUCAUCGGUUGAAACUGGUCAAUACCUUCCGAACACCAGUGUACACGACGCAGCAGAGACGAAAUGCGAGUGGUAUUGGAUGGGUCUUCGACGCAGAUCUGAGCACCAGCGAUCAUAUCAGUCAUUGGGUUCUGCAAGGGGUGUGUCUCUUGCUGAACACAGACUGAUUCUGACUCCCCCAUUGCAACAUUUCGCCGCUUGUAUAUGAGCAUGUAAAUAACGUGGACCACGAUGUG